AUGGCAUCCAGGCAGCAGAAGGAGAAUUGGACCGAGGAGACGAUUUGUCCAAUCUGCCUUGAUUUCUUCAAAGAUCCGGUAGUACUGGAGUGUGGACACAACUUCUGCCGCUCCUGUAUCACCCAGAGUUGGGAAAAGAGGUGGAUAAACUCCUGCCCGGAAUGUAGGGAGAAAUUUAGUGGAGGAAACUUUAGGGUAAACCGGGCCUUAGCGAACCUGGCUGAGAAAGCUCGAGAAUUAACGCUGAAUUCGAAAGAGGAGGAAAAUAAACUUCAUUGUGAGGAACAUCAGGAAGAAUUCAAGCUGUUUUGUGAUACUGACAAGAAAUUGAUCUGUCUGAUUUGUAGAGAUUCGCGUGCACACAAAUCUCACGAUUUUAUGCCAAUUAAAGAAGCUUUUGAAAUCUACAAGGAUCAGUUGGAAUGCUCUUUAGAUUCUCUCACGGAGAAGAAGUUGGCGGCCCUACAAACGGAACUGACCCAGACACUGAAGAUUUCCGAAGUGAGGGAACAGGCGAGUAGUCUACAGACCCACAUCACAUCCGAGUUCACUAAAAUGCAUCAGUUUCUCAAUGAGAAGGAGCAGUGUUUACUCAGAGAACUCAAGGAAGAAGAAAGGAAGAUUCUAGAAACAAUGGAGAAAAACCUUCGGAAGAUUCAGGAGAAUUUAAUUUUUAUUGCAGAGAAAAUUUCCAAGUUGCAGAAACAGAUGGAGCAAAAUGACGAACUGAUAUUUCUGAAGGAGGAAGUUAACCAGAAAUGGAGCAUUUGUGACGAGAUUCAAGCCACAACAGUAACAUCUGCCGUCCUACCCAUCGAAAGGUUCAAGGGCCCUUUACAGUACGCAACGUGGAAAAAAAUGAUUGACUCCAUUCACCCUGUUCCAGCUUCUCUGACUCUGGAUCCGAGUACGGCCCACCCACAGCUCGUCAUGACUGAGGACCGGUUCAGUGUGAGACACAAUAGACAACGGCGGUCUCUCCCUAGCAGCCCUCGGAGGUUUGAUUCCUGGGCCUUUGUAUUGGGUUCAGAGGGAUUCACAUCAGGGAGACAUUAUUGGGAGGUAGAGGUCGGGAACAAGAAUGAAUGGGGCGUUGGCGUGACACGAGAAUCUGCGGAGAGGAUGGGAGGAAUCAACCCAGUACCUGAGACAGGAUAUUGGGUGGCUGGACUGAUUUCUGAAAAGGGUUAUUUUGCUCUUACGUCCCCGACAGCGCUCUGCCUCAAGCUAAGAGUGAAUCCCCAGAAAAUUGGUGUUUACCUGGACUAUGAGGGUGGACAGGUGUCAUUUUACAAUGCGGACAACAUGUCCCAUCUCCACACUUUCACCGACACUUUCAUUGAGAGGAUCUUUCCAAUUUUCAACCCGGGAUGGAAUUUCGAUGGCAGCAAUCCUGCAAAUCUGACAAUCUGUGGACUUAAAGUUCAGAAGGAUGUGAAACCAUUAGAGACGGCGCAGAGGAGAUUUACCAGGAUUCUGACUCGAUUGGAGGGCAGGUCAUAUGAGAAAAUGUUGAGGAGCUACAGCUUUUCUCAUUGGAGCCAAGAAGGACGAGAAAACGUCGCUUCCGUCAGCAGGUGGCAGCAGUCAGUUGUGAUUCAGUGGGAGUGGUCUAACUUCUCGAGGUCGAUGGAAUCAGGAAAUACCGAUUUGAAAAUGGCUUCCGGGCGGCGGCUCCGGAGUUUGAUAGAUCAGACAAUUUGUCCAAUUUGUCUGGAUUUCUUCACCGAUCCGGUUACGCUGGGUUGUGGGCACAACUUCUGCCGCUCCUGUAUCAUCCAGAGUUGGGAGAAGAAGGAGAUAAACUCCUGUCCGGAAUGUAGAGCGGAAUUUCCAGAAAGAACCCUCAGCAUAAAUCGGGCCUUGGCGAAUCUCGCGGAGGAGGCUCAAAAAUUAGAGCUUAACCCGAAAGAGGAGGAAAGUAAAAUUUACUGUGAGGAACAUCAGGAAGAUCUGAAACUGUUUUGUGAAACCGACAAGAAACUGAUCUGUCUAAACUGUAAAAUUUCGCGAGAACACAGAGGGCAUCGCUGCAUCCCGAUUAAACAAGCGUUUGAAAUCUACAAGGAACAGCUGAGAUCUUCCUUAGAUUUUCUCACAGUGAAGAAAUCGGCGGUUCUAGAAAAGGAACUGAAUCAGAAACGGAAGAUUUCUGAAGUUACGGAACAGGUGAGCAGUCUGCAGGCCUACAUCACAUCCGAGUUCACUAAAAUGCACCAGAUUCUCACUGAGCAAGAGCAACGUUUACUCCGCGAUCUCAGGGAAGACGAGAAGAGGAUUCUAGACACAAUGGAGAAAAAUCUCCGGGUGAUUCAGGACAAAUUAAAUUCAAUUGAAGAGAAACUCUCAAAGAUGCAGAAGCAGAUCGAGCAAAAAGACGAACUGAUAUUUUUGCAGGUGGCGAAUGAGAUAGAUGAAGGCAGAGCAGUAAAUAUAUUCUACAUGGAUAUUAGCAAGGUCUUCGACAAGGUUCCAAUGGUUGACUGUUUAAUAAGGGCAGUCAGUCGUCGUUAUGACGAUAAAGCAUCCAGUUUAACAAGCAGCAAGAACACCAUGUUCAAAUUAGGAGACCAAAGUUGUCUACAAUAUCCUCGAUCUCCAGCCUCCCUGACUCUGGAUCCGAAAACAGCGAAUCCCCAGCUCGUACUGUCUGCGGACCGGACCAGUGUGAGACUUGGAGACAAACCGCAGCCCCUCCCUGACUCCCCGGAGAGAUUUGAUCCCUGGUUCUGUGUCCUCGGAUCAGAGGGAUUCACAUCAGGGAGACAUUACUGGGAGGUGGAGGUGGGGGAGAAGAUGCGAUGGGCUCUGGGAGUGGCCAAGGAGUCUUUGGAGAGGAAAAAGGGAAUCUACCCAAGCCCGGAAACCGGUCACUGGAUUGUGAGGCUCAGUCCCGGAAGUGGUUAUUUUGCCGCCACGAUCCCAUCACGAACCCACCUGUCCCCUCGUGUACAGCCCAUGAAGAUCGGGGUUUUCCUGGACUAUGAGGGUGGACAGGUGUCAUUUUACAAUGCGGACAACACGUCCCAUCUCCACACUUUCACCCACACUUUCACUGAGCAGACAUUCUUCAUUGUUGAGCUUUCCGAUGGUUACCUUUUCAUGCAGAACGUCGCUUCCGUCAGCAGGUGGCAGCAGUCAGUUGUGAUUCAGUGGGAGUGGUCUAACUUCUCGAGGUCGCAGAUGGAACCAGGAAAUACCGAUUUGAAAAUGGCUUCCGGGCGGCGGCUCCGGAGUUUGAUAGAUCAGACAAUUUGUCCAAUUUGUCUGGAUUUCUUCACCGAUCCGGUUACGCUGGGUUGUGGGCACAACUUCUGCCGCUCCUGUAUCAUCCAGAGUUGGGAGAAGAAGGAGAUAAACUCCUGUCCGGAAUGUAGAGCGGAAUUUCCAGAAAGAACCCUCAGCAUAAAUCGGGCCUUGGCGAAUCUCGCGGAGGAGGCUCAAAAAUUAGAGCUUAACCCGAAAGAGGAGGAAAGUAAAAUUUACUGUGAGGAACAUCAGGAAGAUCUGAAACUGUUUUGUGAAACCGACAAGAAAUUGCUAUGUCUGAGUUGUAAAGAUUCGCGAGAACACAGACAGCAUCGCUGCAUCCCGAUUAAACAAGCGUUGGAAAUCUACAAGGAUCAGCUGAAAUCUUCCUUAGAUUCUCUCACAGAGAAGAAAACUGCGGCUCUAGAAAAGGAACUGAAUCAGAAACGGAAGAUUUCUGAAGUUGGGGAACAGGCGAACAGUCUGCAGGCCUACAUCACAUCCGAGUUCACUAAAAUGCACCAGAUUCUCACUGAGAAAGAGCAGCGUUUACUCCGAGAUCUUAGGGAAGAAGAGGAGAGGGUUCUAGACACAAUGGGGAACAAUCUUCGGGAGAUUCAGGAAAGUUUAACUUAUAUUGAAGUGAAACUCUCAAAGAUACAGAAACAGAUGGAGCAGAAAGACGAACUGAUAUUUUUGCAGGAAUCAGCACGUCGGACAAGAAGGGUCAGUGAUGAACUUCAGCAACUUUCACAUGCAGAUUUAGUCCUAUCUGUUGGAAAGUAUAUUGGGCCUUUACAGUACAUGACAUGGAGAGAAAUGGUAAACGUCAUUCACCCAGCUCCAGCCUCCCUGACUCUGGAUCCGAAAACAGCGAAUCCCCAGCUCGUACUGUCUGCGGACCGGACCAGUGUGAGACUCGGAGACAAACAGCAGCCCCUCCCUGACUCCCCGGAGAGAUUUGAUCCCUGGUUCUGUGUCCUCGGAUCAGAGGGAUUCACAUCAGGGAGACAUUACUGGGAGGUGGAGGUGGGGGAGAAGAUGCGAUGGGCUCUGGGAGUGGCCCGGGAGUCUGUGGAGAGGAAAAAGGGAAUCUACCCAAGCCCGGAAACCGGUCACUGGAUUGUGAGGCUCAGUCCUGGAAGUGGUUAUUUUGCCGCCACGAUCCCAUCACGAACCCGCCUGUCCCCUCGUGUACACCCCAAGAAGAUCGGCGUUUUUCUGGACUAUGAGGGUGGACAGGUGUCAUUUUACAAUGCAGACACCACGUCCCAUCUCCACACUUUCACCGACACUUUCACUGAGAAGGUCUUUCCAUUCUUCUAUACGGGGCCAAACAUGGACGGGAAAAACUCGGGUCCGCUGUCAAUCUGUGGGAUUAAAGGGCAUUGACAGAUCCAUCCCAGAAUUUCACCCCAUCCCCCUACCUCCUGACAACUGAUGGGGGUGGGGAGGUUACAGUCACAGGUGGAGAGAACAUUUUGGAAAUGGGAUUUUUCAACAAAAAAAUUUUCAGAAAAGCAAGGCCUUUGUUCCUCAAAACUGAAUUGACAUUCUAUUUAAACCCAAGAAGCGUAAACUCAACACAUAUUUUUGUUUUGCUGGGCAUUACUGCACAGAUUUUUCUUGUCUGUGACACAUUCCAAAUUAAUCGCAGAUUUUAAGUCAUGUUGAAAGAGAAAAUUAUCUUGAACGCCUACAUGGGGCAAGACUGUAGUGAAGACUGAUUUGACAAUCUCUAGAGAAUGUGAUAACACAGCGUGGAGUUGGAGGAACACAGCAGAGCAGGCAGCAUCAUAGGACCACGAAAGCUGACGUUUCGGGUGGGGACCCUUGACCCGAAGCGACUGCUUUCCUGCCCCUGUGAUGCUGCCUGGCCUGAGGCGUUCCUCCAGUUCCACAUUGUGUUAUAUCAGACUCCGGCAUCGGCAGUUCUUCACUAUCUCUAGAGAAUGUAACGUGUGGCCUGUGCGGGUGGCAAAUGUCAUUAAUAAAGAUGUCUAACUACAGAAAUCGAGGUCCCUUAGUGUACACCAGAGUGUUAGUAGAAUUAGAGUUACAACUUGGCUCUGGUUUAAUGAUCUAUCAAUCACUGUCUACAUCAGUGAAAUUGUCCGAAAAUCAUGACGUAAUUAUCUAUGCUAUUAAAUCUGAUAUUAAAACACACUGUACGAGGAAUUCUUUCUGUAUAACCUCAUUAUUAUUACGACAAUAUAAAUUCUUCGGAUGUUGGUGAUUUUGUAUGAUCAUUAAUGCAUUUGAAAUGUCAUUCUUCAUCAAAAAUAAUGAGGGAACCAGGGUCCGUGUUCA